UUUCCAUCCAGAGAACAACCCAUCUUUAGCACCAAAGCCCAUGUCUUCCAGAUUGAUCCAAACACAAAGAAGAACUGGGUUCCUACCAGCAAACAUGCAGUUACUGUGUCCUAUUUUUAUGAUAGCACAAGGAAUGUCUACAGGAUAAUUAGUCUGGAUGGGUCGAAGGCAAUAAUUAAUAGCACCAUCAGUCCCAACAUGACAUUCACUAAAACAUCCCAGAAGUUUGGCCAAUGGGCAGACAGCAGGGCAAAUACAGUGUAUGGCCUGGGCUUCUCCUCUGAGCAUCAUCUCACAAAAUUUGCAGAAAAAUUUCAGGAAUUUAAAGAAGCUGCUCGAUUAGCAAAGGAGAAAUCCCAAGAAAAAAUGGAACUGACUAGUACGCCUUCACAGGAGUCCGCUGGAGGGGAUAUCCAGUCUCCUUUAACGCCGGAAAGCAUCAAUGGGACAGAUGAUGAAAGAGCAACCCCAGAAGUGACGCAAAAUUCUGAACCAAGGGCUGAACCUACGCAGAAUGCAUUGCCAUUUACACAUAGGUACCCAUUCAGUUCACAAAUCCUGAUUAACUGA